AUGAGCACCUUCGCAGUCAUCCUCAAGGAGAUCGGCGAAUUCGGUGUGUUCCAGAAGCGCCUGGUAGCGACCUUGUGCGUCCCGAGUGUUUUCAUCGCCUUCGACACUAUCGGCCACGUAUUCACGGGCCUUGACUUCCCGAACUACUGCGACACUGACUGGAUCUUGCAUCGGGUGGAUGCUAACUUGACUCUGGAGAGGCAGAAGGAGCUCACCAUCCCCAAAAAUCCAGAUGGAAGUUUCCAGAGUUGCCGCAUGUUCACGCCGGUCGACUCAGACCUGGAGACCAUCGAGAUGUACGGCCUAAACUCCACCACGAAUUGCCUCAAUGGAUCCCAGUUUGAGUUGCCAAGUGGGGCGUCCAGCAUUGUGACAGAGUUUAAUCUGGUGUGUGACAGAAGCACCUUGAUUGAGGUGUCUCAGUCUAUUUACAUGGCCGGACUUCUGAUUGGAGCUCUUGUGUCGGGCUCAAUGGCUGAUAGGUUCGGUCGCCGCUUAGUGGUCCUCCUCGCCCAUCUUCUUCUGCUCUUGUUUGCCGUCGCUGUCGCUUUCUCUCCCAACGUCUACGUUUACAUUGUUCUCAAGUUUCUGUGUGGAGUGUCUGUAGCGGGAAUCCUCGCCAACGCAUUUGUCAUAGGUGGCGAGUGGUGCGAAUCUUCAAAGUUUGCCUUCUGCACCAUCGUCAGUCACAGUUUUUAUCCCAUCGGUCUCGUGCUGUUGGCCGGUCUCGCCUAUUUGAUCCGGGAUUGGAGGAUCCUCCAACUGGCCCUCUACUGCCCCCUUCUUCUUGUCCUGGCCAUAUUUUACUGGAUUCUUCCAGAAUCUGCUCGCUGGCUCAUGACUCAAGGCAGAAAGGAGGAAGCCGUGAAGGAGGUGCGAAGAGCAGCAAAAGUCAACGGGAGGGAGGUGUCGCAAGAUCUACUUGACAAGAUGGAGGUGGAUCAGACGCCCAACAGAGGCAGCCUAUUGGACAUCUUUAGGAUUUCCUAUUUGAGAAAACGAGCACUAAUCAUGGGCUACCUUUGGUUUGGAAUCAGCAUGAUGUACUAUGGCCUAAGCCUGAACGUAGGCAACUUUGGGUUGAACAUCUACCUCACGCAGUUGAUCUUUGGCUUGGUGGAACUUCCCGCACGUUUGGGUGCUUUACCACUAAUCGGGCGCUUCGGAAGGAAACGAUGCGAGACCUUUUUGUUAUUGUCCGGAGGGCUCGCUUGCCUCUGCAUCAUCGCUGUGCCUAAAGACCUUCCUGUUGUUUCAACGGUAAUCGCUGUACUUGGGAAAUUUACAUCGACUAGCUGUUUCAUCAUCUUGUAUGUGUACACAGCGGAACUGUACCCCACGACGCUAAGGCAGAGCGGCGUCGGUCUGAGUUCCGUGUGCGCACGUGUGGGAGGAAUUCUAUCUCCCCUGAUAAGGCUCCUGGCCGUCCACCAUGACGCAAUCCCCAUGUUGGUGUAUGGCCUCAUACCUGCGAGUGGGGCAGGCCUCUGUCUGCUGCUGCCGGAGACCCUCAACGCAGAACUUCAGGACCACGCUGAGCAAAGGCGAGCUGACUACUACCUGACAUGGAAUGGAAACAAGACACAUCAAGAUUACUAG